UACCGAUCAGCAUCGUUAUAACGACUGCCACACACAAACACACUCGCGCACAGAUGUGCACGUUAGAAAAAAGAGGCAAAAUCUUUAUCCUGACGCUAACAGGCGAAGGGGAUGAACACCGGCUAAAUCCCACGCUUGUCGAUGCAAUCCACUCAGCUAUACGCCGAGUCCGAGCCGAGUGCGUCUCCUCCGAGUCUUCGGCUCUAAUCACCACUGCCCAAGGCAAGUUCUUCUCCAACGGCUAUGAUCUCGCCUGGGCCGGAUCCUCCCAAUCCCGCAUCGAACUCAUGGCCUCGAAACUCACCUCACUCGUAGCCGAUCUCAUCUCGCUCCCCAUGCCAACCAUUGCGGCCGUCUCGGGGCACGCCUCAGCUGCCGGAUUCAUCCUGGCUCUGAGCCACGACUACGUCCUCAUGCGAAAGGACAGAGGCUUCCUUUACAUGAGCGAGGUCGAUAUUAAUCGGGUGAUUCCGGCUUGGUUCAUUGCUCUUCUCGAGUGCAAGAUCGGCUCCCCGUUGGCUCGGCGCGACGUGGCUCUGAGAGCGGCUAAGGUGACGGCUAAAGAAGCCGUGGAGAAGGGAAUUAUCGACUCGGCGCACGAUGGCGCGGCGGAGACGGUUAGCGCUGCAAUCAGGUUAGGGGAGCAGUUGGUGGGAAGGGGAUGGGACGGACACGUGUACGCUCAGAUUCGCAUGAAAUUGUUGGCUCGGGUCUUGGAUGAGAUAAGUGUGAGUAGCACUCGAUCGCGUAUGUAGGCCCUCAUUAUGCUCUAAGUGGAUAAAUUUGGUCCGAUAAUUGUGAGUGACCAUUAAAUAAAAAUUAAGCUCAGUCAAUAAAUUUUUUAAGUAAUCUCUUAAAAUUAUUUGUCAAGUAAGUUUUUGAGUGAUCCAAUUUAGUUUGUGGAUCAAGUUCGACCACAACAAGCAAUAUCAAGUCAACUUUAUCAAGAUUCCAGAUA